AUGGCAGAUUCAAAUGGACAAUCAAGAAAUGAAUUAUUUACUAGUGAUGGUCUUCAUGUGAUUGAGCAAGGUUACAAAAUAUGGACACAAGCUGUUAAUGGUUAUUUGAAAUCUGAAAAUUUACUGUCGUCAAAAACUGGCCAAGUGCUAGUGCAGGUGCUUGGUUCUGGCGGGCCGGAGCUUACUGAUGGACGUGCAUCAUCCUCUUAUUUGGUGUGGGUGAAUCACAAGGCACGUCUGUUGGUCGAUUUUGGCAGCGGAGCGGCACUUAAUUAUGAAAAAUCUGGGGCGCUGCCAGACGAUCUGGAUGCGGUGUUGUUCUCUCAUUUUCAUGUCGACCAUACAAACGAUUUUUCUGCACUGGUUAAGGGAUUGUGGUUUACUAAUUACGACAAGAAGUUGCAAGUCUUUGGACCCAGCAAAAACCAAGAGUUCCCUGGCAUCAAAGAGUUUAUUACAGCGCUAUUCAACCACGACAGUGGUGCCUAUGCUUAUCUAGGUGAUAAUGCGGAUCCAGAACAGAGCAGUCAGUUUAAAAUUGUACCUAUAGAAAUUGCCAAUUCCAGCAGUAACAUCAGCAGUUACGCUAUCGGCGAUGAUGUGAUGGUGAAAGCCGUUUCAGUUCUGCAUGGAACGGUGCCAGCACUGGCCUGGCGGUUGGAGAUAAAAGGUUACGCCAUAACAUUCAGUGGGGAUACCAGCAAUGAAAACCGAGCGCUAGAUCUGUUGGCGCAAGGUAGCGAUUUGUUGAUUGCUCAUAACGCUGCACGAGAGAAUGAUCCGAGCACGGUCGCGCGCUAUUUGCACAUGAUGCCGUCUGAGAUUGGUCGCAUCGCUGCCGCGGCAAAAGUUAGGCGUCUGGUGCUAUCGCAUCGCAUGAACCGCACACUGGGUCACGAGGUAGAAACAACUGCGGCGAUUCGUAAAAAUUAUCAGGGAGUGCUUUAUUUGAUUGUGACAGAUAGAGCUGAUGACAGUGACUAA